AUGAGCGAAACAACAGAAGAAAAAUCACAAAUCCAAGUUCGCUUUAUUACACAACAGCGGGAGUAUACAGUUACGGAUUCUGCGAUCCUUGUUCCAACUAACUUGCGUCGUUAUGGCCUCUCCGAGAUAAUAAACCAUCUUUUAGGUUUUGAAAAGCCUAUUCCAUUUGAUUUUAUAAUCAAUAAUCAAUUCUUACGAACAAGUUUGUCUGAGUACUUAAUAAAGCAUGAAAUAUCGACAGAAAACAUCAUCACUAUCGAGUAUGUUGAGUCCAUGUUACCGCCGACACCAUUAUCAUCCUUUCAACAUGAUGAUUGGAUAAGUUCGGUAAAAGGUCAUAAUCAAAGCUUAUUCUUAACUGGCUCCUAUGACAACAAUGUUCGCGUAUUUAAUACAUCUGGUGAAUGCUUACAGACUUUAGUCGGACAUCUAGCACCAAUUAAAAGUGUUUCUUGGGUUACUGUCUCAGAUGAUAGUAUUGUCUGCUUAUCAUCAUCACAAGAUCGAACCAUUCGAGCUUGGCAGGCUUCACUUGUAGAUAAAAAUUAUAAAACUUUAUAUGAAUGCAAAGGGCAUACCGGUAGUGUUGAAAGCGUUUCUGUUCACCCUUCUUGCACUGAGUUUGCAAGUGCAUCAUGGGAUUCUUCGAUUUUACUUUGGUCUAUGGAUAUGCCAGAAGAAAUUGAAUAUGAUAUUCUUGCAAUACCCUCGAAGAAGAGAAGGUUGAACAAUUCAGAAAUUAAAAUAAAGAAACCAAUAACAACUAUGCAUGGUCAUGUUGGUCCUGUUUCUUCAGUCAUUUUUGACACUAAGAACCACAACAAAUUGUAUAGCGGUGGAUGGGAUCAUUCUUUAAGAAUCUGGGACAUCGAAGCGAGGACGAAUGUUGAUACAAAGAAUUGUGAUAAGUCGGUUCUCGACAUCGCAUAUUCAGAUAAAUCGGGGUUAAUUGCGUCUGGGCAUUCCGAUCAUAUAGUUAGAUUAUGGGAUCCACGUUCUGAAGCUGUUGUCAAGUUGGCAUUUGCAUCUCAUAAGAAUUGGAUAUCAUGUAUAUCAUGGUCUCCAAAUUCACAGUUUAUGCUUGUCAGUGGAUCAUAUGAUGCAUCUAUUAAAAUUUGGGAUAUUCGCAGUAAAACUCCUUUAUAUACUCUAAACCCAGGCGGAAAAGAAAAUUUAGAUAAUAAAAAGAUAUUGUGUAUUGAUUGGGAUUUAGAUAUUAUUUUGAGUGGAGGAGAAGAUAAUAAGUUAUAUCUCCAUGGUUCAAAAACAAUUACUUGA